CGCACCGCACCGCACCGCACAGGGCUGAGGAGACACACACACACACAGCCCUUCGCACAGAAAUCCACGCCAGCGGUGCAGAGCCGAAGAGACCAUGAAUACCAGCAGCAGACCAAGGAGGAAAGAAUCCCCUGCAAACGCCUGAGCGCGAAGAAGAAGGAUGGCGGGGGGCCGGAGGGGACUAGUGGCCCCUCAGAAUACUUUUUUGGAGAAUAUUGUCAGACGGUCGAACGUUUGGACACUGUCACAUAGACAGACAGAUACCAACUUUGUCCUGGGAAACGCUCAGAUAGUGGACUGGCCCAUUGUCUACAGCAAUGACGGUUUCUGCAAGUUGUCGGGGUACCACAGAGCUGAGGUGAUGCAGAAAAGCAGCACCUGCAGCUUCAUGUACGGGGAGCUCACGGACAAGGACACGACGGAAAAAGUGCGGUUUACGUUUGAGAAUUAUGAGAUGAACUCCUUUGAAAUCCUUAUGUACAAGAAAAACAGGACUCCAGUUUGGUUUUUCGUGAAGAUCGCUCCUAUAAGAAAUGAACAAGAGAAAGUGGUCCUGUUUCUCUGCACCUUCAGUGACAUCACAGCCUUUAAACAGCCCAUUGAAGACGAUUCUUCCAAAGGUUGGGGAAAGUUUGCCCGACUGACUCGAGCUCUAACAAGCAGCAGAGGAGUCUUACAGCAGCUGCAGCCCACAGUGCACAAAGGGGAGAACGUUACCAAGCACUCUCGUUUAGCUGAGGUUCUGCAGCUGGGCUCAGAUAUCCUACCUCAGUAUAAGCAGGAGACCCCCAAAACUCCUCCUCACAUCAUCCUGCACUACUGCCUCUUCAAAACAACAUGGGACUGGGUCAUCCUCAUCCUCACCUUCUACACAGCCAUCAUGGUACCCUACAACGUCUCCUUCAAGACCAAGCAGAACAACGUGACGUGGCUGGUGGUGGACAGCAUCGUGGACGUCAUCUUCUUGGUGGAUAUUGUUUUAAACUUUCACACCACGUUUGUAGGACCCGCCGGCGAGGUCAUCUCGGACCCCAAGCUGAUACGGAUGAACUACCUGAAGACCUGGUUUGUUAUCGACCUGCUGUCCUGCCUGCCGUAUGACGUCAUCAACGCCUUUGAGAACGUCGAUGAGGGGAUCAGCAGUCUCUUCAGCUCACUGAAGGUGGUGCGGCUUCUCCGUCUGGGUCGGGUUGCUCGUAAACUGGAUCACUACAUUGAGUAUGGGGCGGCUGUACUGGUCCUGCUGGUGUGUGUUUUUGGCCUGGCUGCUCACUGGCUGGCCUGCAUUUGGUACAGCAUUGGUGAUUACGAGGUUAUCGACGAAGAAACCAACAUAGUUCGCAUGGACAGCUGGCUCUAUAUCCUAGCUGAGACCGUAGGCACACCGUACCGCUUCAACGCAAGCGGCUCAGGGAAGUGGGAGGGAGGACCAAACAAGCACUCUGUCUACAUCACUUCCUUGUACUUCACCAUGACCAGCCUGACAAGCAUAGGCUUUGGUAACAUCGCCCCGACGACAGACGGAGAGAAAAUCUUUGCUGUGGCCAUGAUGAUGAUUGGAUCCCUUCUUUACGCCACCAUCUUUGGUAAUGUGACAACAAUCUUCCAGCAGAUGUACGCCAACACCAAUCGUUACCAUGAGAUGCUAAACAGCGUGCGGGACUUCCUCAAGCUUUACCAGGUGCCAAAGGGCUUGAGCGAGAGAGUUAUGGACUACAUUGCCUCCACCUGGUCCAUGUCACGGGGUAUUGACACUGAAAAGGUGUUGCAGAUUUGUCCCAAGGACAUGAGAGCCGAUAUCUGUGUCCACCUCAACAGGAAGGUUUUUAAAGAGCACCCAGCUUUCCGUCUGGCCAGCGAUGGCUGUCUCAGAGCGCUGGCCAUGGAGUUUCAGACCAUCCACUGUGCCCCCGGAGACCUGAUCUACCACGCUGGUGAAAGCGUGGACAGCCUCUGUUUCGUGGUGUCCGGGUCACUUGAGGUCAUUCAGGACGACGAGGUGGUAGCAAUUUUAGGUAAAGGGGAUGUGUUUGGGGACGUUUUCUGGAAGGAGGUGACUCUGGCUCAAGCCUGUGCCAACGUCCGAGCUCUGACCUACUGUGACCUCCACGUCAUUAAACGGGAUGCUCUGCAGAAGGUGCUCGAGUUUUACACAGCGUUUUCCAACCACUUCUCAAGAAAUCUGUUGCUCACCUACAAUCUACGAAAAAGGAUUGUAUUCCGAAAGAUCAGCGAUGUGAAACGAGAGGAGGAGGAGCGUCAGAGACGUAAAAAUGAAGCCCCUCUGAACUUGCCACCGGAUCACCCAGUACGAAAACUCUUCCAGCGCUUUCGGCAGCAAAAGGAGGCUCGACUGGUUACGGACAAACCAGAACUUGACGAACACGACAUUGAGAAGGGCCCCUUGUACGUGAACGUCCCUUUGGCUAACACAGCCAUUACAACCACCAGCAUCAUCACUGUAACGGAAAGCCCUGCAACCCCCUCAUCUUCAACACCCUCAUCUUCAACAUCCCCCAACGGUACUCCCUCAGAGAAGUCAAAGCUGCAGGUGCCAGUACCUAUUUCUCUGGUUGGAGGCCGUGCUGCUGAACCACUCAAAGUCAAAGGCUGGGGUCGCUUCAAGGAGUCCAUGGUCAAAACUGACAACUGGAACAAAGUAACCAAAGCUGAAUCCAUGGAGACUUUACCUGAACGGACCAAGGUCCUUGAAUCACAGAUAUCUUUAAAGAAGACAGACUCUUGUGACAGCGGGAUCACCAAAAGUGAUCUGCGUCUGGACAAAGUAGGCGACUGUCGCUUGACGCCCCAGGACCGCAGCCCCGUCCAGCCUCCAGACACCAGGCACCCCUUCUACCCAAUCCCAGAGCAAACUCUUCAGGCCUCGCUUCAGGAGCUCAAACUGGAGCUGAAGGACGACCUCAAGAAUCUGAAUGUUCGCGUGUCUGGCCUGGAGGCGCAACUUACAGAAGCACUUAACCUACUGAAAAUGAGGAAAUCAAGUUCUGGCUCUCCACAGCCUCUUUUUGAUGUGUCUAGACCUGCUUCACCAGAACUAGAGAAAGAGGACAUCUUCUCUUGAAGGAUUAAGGAAUAAUCGGGAACGGUCUACUGCAAAAUUUAGCUGGAAUCCAGUAAUAUCAAGAUUACUUGGAUAGCUGAAGCUGCACCAUUUACAAAAGGUGAUAGUUUGUCUUUAGGUAGCACCAACCUUCAUCAAAGGUUUGUACCUGAUGGUAAACCUGGAAAGGCCAGGUUGCUGUCCAGCUCUUGGUGUCUGACUCUGAAUAAAAACUGACAAUGCAAGGUUUGUACAUAGAGGUUAUGUUUGUACAUGUUUUUCCAUUGUAUUGUAAUGGAAAAAUAGCUUGAGCAGUUUGUCUUUAGUCCAAAAUCUUUUUAUAACAUCAGAUUCUAGGAGUUUCAGCUAAACCAUGCUGAAUCUGUGUUGCAAGGUUCUAAUAGAAACAGCAUGACCCACUGGUUUGUUAUUGAAUCAUUUGUAUGGGAUUCUUUGCAUGCCACAUAAAGUACACGUAUUCCUCAUAUUGCAGACAGUGCGUGUUUGAUUAUCGCAGCCAGGCAGCAAUUCAUUUGCAUUAUUUCACAGUGACAGUAAGAAAGGAUGGUCUUUGCAGAUGUUGAAACAUUCGCAGAGUAAUUUCCUCAAGCAAUUGAUGAAGUCUUUUAUUAUAUCAACUGUCAGGAUCAUGAUGAACUUUAAACAAGAUAAAACAGGCCAAGCAAUCAGAUUUCAAUCAUAAUCUAAUACAUCUUUCAGCAGAGCUGAUAACUUCCAUAAACCACGGACAGAUGAGUUUGAUGACACUGUAUGAGAGCCAAGCAAUUUAAGCUUUGGUUAAAAAAUAGGAAGAUUAUAAUUUAUUUAUGUUAAAUAAAACAAAAUAAAGUCCAGGCUUGUUUGUGUUAUUGUUCCAAGACAUUAACUGAAACCUAUGUAAGUGAUGAUUUCUGGCCUUUAAUGUCUGCUGAGGUAAUUUUUACAUUUGUUACAUCAGUAAGCAUGCACGAUUCAGUAAGCAUGUCAGUCCGCCAGAGUAAAAAAACAAUCAUCAAAUGACAAUGCCUGACACAAUGUAUCUACAAAAUAGGGGGCAAAGAUCAAACUCUUAGAGUAAAGAUGAAGGUUGUUUUGUCAUACAAGAUGAUUCUGAGGGUUUCCAGUGCUGGUGAUCCUUUUCAGGACUGUGAUUGCCUUGUUUUGUGGCUGACAUUUGGAGUCAAUUUCAACUUGCUUGCAGUGAAAAUGUUUCCUCUAUAUGCACUUUUGAAAUGGGAGACAACCAAGCAGGAAACCAAAAUGUUUAAAUCAUGAGUCAUUUCUUGACGGAAUAACAAACGUGUUGAAGAAAUAGUUUACAGAGCAGUUUACACAAAAAUGUAUGAUAGAAAAAUAUUUUUUGAAAAUGUGUUUGUUUUUUAAAUAAAUGUUCAGUUACCAAAUGUACUCUCACAGAUGAACUCUAGCACAUUAGCUUCCUAAAUUAGAUUGUUUACCAAAAAUGAAUCUGUGUAAAAUGAAUGUAUCAGUGUAGUGUUAUAGAAAGCAAUGAGCAGAUAUCAGUAGAUGGGUCAGGAGACCAGGGGGCAGAGUAAGAGAGCGGCUCAAGCUUUUUGUCUGAACAAAACUCUAAAAUUGGUUUAUAAAACAACGUUUAAUUUACAGAAAAAGACGCCUCCAACUUCCAGUUAAUCAGAACCAUGAGUUUUGAUAAUUAGCAAUAAUUGUUUAUAUUUUAUAGAUCACAGAAUUCAUGCAGAUUCCAGGUAUUGAAGACAACAGUAGAUGUUUGCAGUCUAUAGUAAUUCUUAAUCAUAUUUAUGAUGAAUAAUAAUAUGUACCUACCAAUUGAUUGAAAUGAUGGGUAAAACAUUAAACACAUUUUAAUAUGUUUUGCUUCCAUCUUCAGAAAUGGGAGUCUUCGCUGUUUUCCUUUUUAAUAUUUCAGUCACUUACAAAUAUUCUUCAGCUACUUUGAGGUUUUGACAGUUGGUUGGAAAAAAAUCAAGCAUUGUGAAGAUGUCCUUAAUUGUGACACUAUUUGUCACAAACCCAAGUUUUGUUUUGUUUUUCUUCUACAAAUAAACAAUUUAAGAAAAAAAACACAUGAUGGUGUUAUGCAUAUUUUCAGAUUUAAAAAGAAUCAGUCAUCUACUAUCCAAGUAAAAGUUGGGACAUUGUUUCAAAUGAUAAUAAAAGCAGCGGUGACUAUUUGCAGGGGAUCGAUUGAAAAUAGCACAAAGAGAAAAUACCAAAUGUCCCAACUGAGAAAUGUCCUUGUUUUUGGAAUUUGAUAUGCCCAAUUUGGAUUUGAUGGCUACAACACGAUAAAAAAAAAAAAAACUGAAAGUGGCAACCGAAAAACGUAAAAAGUUGUAAUGAUUGUGAAAAAAAAAUUGGAAUAUUUUAAAGUUAAAAAGGAGUCUCUUCAUAUUGAAGCCAAGAUCUUACAGGGUCAUAAAUAUCAUGACUUGAACUGGCUAUAUGGAAAGGACAUAGACCGUGAUGACCACCCACUGGGAGCUGAACAGAGUGUUUUCUAAAAGUUGUUACCAGCGCAUGACUCAAAAGCCAGCAUCUGUGAUUGUAAGGGGGUGCAUUAGUGCAAAUGGCAUGGGUAACCUGCACGUUUCUAGGCAUCGUUAAUGCUGAACCAAAUUAUGCUGCCAAAUAGACAACUUCUUUUUCAGUGAGGGCCUUGCUCAUUUCAUCAAGACAAUCCCAACCACAUUCUGGAUGUAUUACAACAGCAUGGCUCUGUAGUAAAAGAGACAGGGUCAUAUACUGACCUUUCUAAAGUCCCAAAUAGUAGAAAAUAUUUGGAGCAUUCUGAGGCGAAGGAGGCCUUGAACUGUUGACAAACUGAAAUCCUACAUUAAGCAAAAAAAAAGAAUCCCACUUCCAUAAUUACAGAAAAUGGUUUCCUCAUUUCUGGAAACACUUAAAAUAAAUAGUGACGCAUCAGAGUGGUCAACAUGACCCUGUCCCAACUUGUUUUGAAAUGUGUUGCUGGCAUCAAAUACAAAAAGGGCAUACGGUUUUUCAUAUUCAAUAUUUGAUAUGUUUUUGUGCUAUUUUCAAUCAAAUAUGGGGCUUCAGUGUUCUGCAAAUCAAAUUUUAUUUACAUUUUACGCAACCUCCCAACUUUUUAGGAAUUGGUAAUGAGAAAACAAAUAGGCCGAUUCCAUAAUAAAGAUCAUCAUCACUUGCAUUCCUAUUCAAUAUUGUAAAAAUGAGUUUCCCCUCAAAUACCUACACUAUUAAACUCAUCACUCCAACUCACAUCUCAUUUAUCUUUUUCAAUAGAAUUGUGACUUUUACUUUGAUAAAUGAUCUGAUUAUGUCCUUCAAAUGGUAAACACCAGAACCAGAACUCAAAAUGUUUCAUUUCGGUUAAAGCAUAAGCGUUGUACGUCUUCCUGAUCUAUCUUUAGUAUACCUUGAAAUGAUUCUUUAAUAUAGAAAACUUACGGUUAUUCUAUAUUAUUUAUUAUUCAUAUGGAUUAAUGUAUGUUCCCUACAUACCUUCUCUCUUAUCCAGACAAGCCCAAGAUGGACACAGCUGAGGGGGGAAAGGUUUUUCUCUGUAACACAUUCUUUCCCAUCAAAAAUUCAGCUCGCUAAAAAUAAAGGAGUAUGACAUGAGAGAAGUGAGAUCUCCUCUGAUUUAGAGCCACUAUUUGAGGGGCUUUAUGGGUCUGGUUCUGCAGAGAAAAUUGUGAUCUUAGAGAAAGGAAAAAAAAGUCAUUUUGCUACUGCGUCUGUAUCACAGAGAAUUCAUAAAGCUGGUGCUGAGUAGAGUCAAGAGUUCGGAAAUCAAAGAGGUUGAAAAGACAGCUGAUAGUUUCACUGAGGAAUCCAUACUGAAAGAAAGAUGUAAAAGUUGUGUUAUUGCAGACGGUUUUCAUGUGAAUGUUGAAGUCUUUAGAACUACAAUAACAUUUUGCAUAAUGUCUUUACAUGAAUAUUCCUCGGUGUAUAUAUUCUGCGUGUGUUUACAUCAACUUGAGUAUCCCGCUUCUGAGCAGGUUUUUUUGAAGUAUCCAGUUUUUGUGUUUGUGCAUGGCAUGUACCGGUAAUCAUCAUAUCUUGAAAUCCAAAAACCGGGAAAAGGCUCGUAAACCAAGCUACUCAAGUCCAUGUAAACACAUUCACUGAUGAGUGACAGAUUUUGGUUGACUAGCUGACAACUCCUCUGACACUCAUUCAAAUGAUUAAUCAAUCAAAAUAUCUGAGCUAGCUUAGUCUUAUCAUUUUGAAUGGGACAUCAUAUGACAAGAGGAAUAUUGGGAGAAAAAAUACUCUUCAUUUUAAAAGGUUUUUUUUUGUCAGCUACAACAGCAUUGAUACACUGUCGUAUAACAAAGAAUUGGUAGGGAUUACUUUUAAUUACUGUAUCCUGGGUUUUUUAUUUUUUUAUAUUUGUUUGUUUUAUAUUUAUUCCUCAGGAUCUCACACGCUACUUUUAGUUGUUGUUUUUUAACAAAUUAUUUGAAGCACCGCAGGACAAAUGCAACCAACUCUCAGUAUGUUAACCUAAAGAAUAUUAGGAGGAAUAAACAGGUCCAUUUUUGUUUUUAUGUUCUUUUACAUCUGUCAUUACUUUUUUGACAUGAUUCCACUCAUGAUUCUCAAAGAUGAACUGUGGAGAAAGUAACAGGAGUUGACAAGAUUAGCAUAGUAAUGGAAGAAGCUAUGCUAAGUUUGAUUUUUUUAUUAGCCAAAAGCUGACAAUGAGGUUAUCCAAGGAUGAUGGGGGUCUAUCAAAUAUCACACAUUUACACUAUUUCUCAUCUUUGAGAAAUCCUUUCUUUAAUAACAAAUGGCCGUGGUUAGGGAGGCUUUCCAUUUCCACUUCUUCAGCCUCUUUGCUAAACUAAAAUGAAUGACCCCAAAUGUCCAAAAUUAAUUCAAAUACAAAAUAAGAAUAUAAAAUAGCAUAAUAACUAUAUCAGUCCUUGGUAUACAAGUCCAUUUGUUUUCAAAUAUUUUAAAUCUAGUAAUUCACUGACUUCAUUAUUUGACUGUUUAUGAAAACAAACUGGUGAGAAAUGUGAUCCUUUGUGUAAAAUGUUACAAGACAGCUCAAAAUGUCACUAUAACUUAUAUAACCUGAAGUCAGGUCAUUAUAACUUCAAACAUGCAAAAAAACACCCAACAGUGUGAUCACGACUGUGAUGAUGAAUUUAAUGUCAUUAACAGGAAAACUUUGAGGCUGCUCUGGCUCGCUCUGAAUAACAAUCAACAAUGCUAAAAAAAAAAAUAGAAAGUUUUGUUAGAAAAAUACUUGUGUUGAAAUAUUUUCAGCCACUGGUUUACUUCACCACCGACACAUUUGAAUGACAGAAUUGGCAGUACUCAUAACAGAUAUUUGAGUCUGUUUCUGUUGAGUUACUUUGUUCUCUCAUGUGGAAUGUUUUUUUUUAAAACACUGUAUGGUUUCCAAUUCUCCUCUGGUUUCUUUACAUUUUAUUGAAUCUAAACAUUAAGGGAGGAUUUUUAAGAUUUUUGUUAGGAACUCUGUAAAUACGUUUGUUUUUUAAAUCUUUGAAUGCAUCCCAACAUUCUAAAAAAGGAAAGAAAUUUAUACCAACACCUAAUGAAUGUGAUAUUAUAUGGGAUGAAGGAUCAACUCAGAGACAAGAUUCUUGAAAGCAAUAUGUUUCUCUGUGCUGUAACAUUUAUAAAGAAAGGUCCAAACACUAAUGAUUCUACCGAAAACCUUAAGCUAUUAAUCAAUUGAAUCAUUGAAAAAGACUUUUAUGGCACUGCAAUACCGCUUUGUCCAUGUCAUGACAUUCGACUACUUUAAAGCAUGAAACACUGUGCCUUUAUCAUAGUGCCCCAUUUCCAAGCCUGCGGUGAGAAAAGCUAAUGUUAAACAUCAAAACUUCUGUCACCUCUUUCAAACUAAUUGAACAGAGGAGUAUUUUUGUGGUCAGCUCCAGAAAGCUGCCUUAUUAUGAAACCCGACAUGCAUAUCUUUAAUAUAUAUUUAUGCACAGAUUAUACUGCAAUGUUUAGAUUCUGGAGUUUGAAAGUUUGACAUUUAGGUUUAAACGUUUGAAAUUUGGUGAAAGGUAAAUGUUAUAUGCACAUGCCUCUCUGUUCACACUACAUGUGAUGAGAAACUGUUUCAAGCACAAUGGGAACUCUUUGUUUUGAACUGUGACAUACUGUACUGUUAACAAUAAAUAUUUUAUAAAUACUG